CCGCUGGUCAUAUGUAAACGGCUUAACGGUUAAACGCUUAUCUCAUUUGUCGUUGGGCUAUUCGUCUUCUUUAUGUUAUUAUGUAAGGUGUUUCUCCAGCUGCUUUCAGUGCUAUCAAACGAACAACUGAAAGAGCAGAGAAACUGCGGAAAUGGUUGCGAAAACGUCCCUGUAACUGGAGUUGCGCGGCGAUGCGCCGUCUGGCAGGACCAGUGUGGGCGUCCCAGUCGGCUGUUUCCUAAGAGCCCACAAACCUAGGAUUUGUUUUAUGACUUAAAGUUAAUUUAAUUAAUUUAAUAAGGAGAGUGGCUGUUAAAGAAGCCGCGUUGGCUUUGCUAUCAUACGGUGACAAUGUUUCAGUUUUGGGUGAGCUUGUAUCGAAAAUAUUCAGCCGACAGUGCAAAAGGAUUUGAAGGGAUGGAAAACCCCGGCUACCGCACCGGGAGCUUUGACAGCCUCCAACAGCCCAGCGACGACGAUGAUGACGAGAUGGUGGACAUUGCAGGAGCCACACUGGACUUUUCCACCACGGACGACGACCCCCCUCUCAGCUCAGGAGGUUAUGAGGAACACAGCAGCAGAGCAGCCGGUAUGAACGGUAACGGCCCCAGUAAACUUGUGGACCCCCUGGAGGACCCGCUGCCCGGGGUGGGCACCUACGAAGACUUCAACACCAUCGACUGGGUCAGAGAGAAAAGCAGGGACCGCGACAGGCACCGAGAGAUCAGCAAUAAGAGCAAACAGUCGACUGUGGCUCUGCUGCACAGCAUCAGUGAUGCCUUCUCUGGAUGGCUGCUCAUGCUUCUAGUGGGACUCAUGUCAGGUGCUUUAGCCGGCGGCAUCGACAUUGCAGCCCACUGGCUGACUGACAUGAAGGAAGGGGUUUGUCUCAUCGGCUUCUGGUUCAACCACGAGCACUGCUGUUGGACGUCCAAUGAGACGACGUUUCAAGAGCGGGACCAGUGUCCACAGUGGCAGAGCUGGGCUGAGCUGAUAACGGGGACAUCGGAGGGUCCAUUAGCCUACAUAAUGAACUACCUGAUGUACAUCUUCUGGGCUUUACUUUUUGCUUUCCUGGCUGUCGCGCUGGUCAGGGCCUUCGCUCCAUAUGCAUGUGGCUCAGGAAUACCAGAGAUUAAAACCAUCCUGAGUGGGUUCAUCAUCCGUGGCUACCUGGGGAAGUGGACCCUGAUCAUCAAGACCAUCACCCUGGUUUUAGCCGUCUCGUCUGGGCUAAGCUUAGGGAAGGAGGGCCCUCUGGUACAUGUGGCCUGCUGCUGCGCUAAUAUAUUGUGUCACCUGUUCACCAAGUACCGGAAGAAUGAGGCCAAGCGGCGAGAGGUGUUGUCGGCAGCAGCAGCAGUAGGUGUGUCUGUGGCCUUCGGGGCUCCCAUUGGAGGAGUCCUGUUCAGCCUGGAGGAGGUGAGUUAUUACUUCCCUCUGAAGACUCUUUGGCGUUCGUUCUUCGCUGCCCUGGUAGCGGCCUUCACUCUGCGCUCCAUAAAUCCGUUUGGAAACAGCCGCCUUGUGCUGUUCUACGUGGAGUUUCAUGCCCCGUGGCACAUGGUGGAGCUGGCCCCCUUCAUCCUGCUGGGAAUAUUCGGUGGCCUCUGGGGGGCGCUGUUCAUCAGGGCCAACAUCGCCUGGUGCAGGAGACGUAAAACUACUCGUUUGGGUCACUACCCUGUCGUUGAGGUGCUAGUGGUCACAGCUUUGACCGCCGUGAUCGCCUACCCAAACAGCUACACCAGGAUGAGUGGAGCUGAGCUUAUUUCUGAGCUGUUUAACGACUGCUCACUGCUCGAUUCCUCUCAGCUCUGCGGCUACAAACAGCCCACCAACACAUCAGAUACUGGUGCAGGUAACAGCCUCGCUGACCGGCCGGCAGGAGAAGGCCUGUACACUGCUCUGUGGCAGUUGGCCCUGGCCUUAAUCUUCAAGAUAACGGUCACUGUGAUUACCUUUGGCAUGAAGGUUCCCUCUGGUCUCUUCAUCCCCAGUAUGGCAGUUGGAGCCAUCGCCGGCAGACUGCUGGGUGUUGGCAUGGAGCAGCUGGCCUACUAUCACCACGACUGGUUUCUCUUUAAAGGGUGGUGCUCGCCAGGAGCAGACUGCAUCACUCCGGGCCUCUACGCCAUGGUUGGAGCCGCUGCAUGUUUAGGUGGAGUGACUCGUAUGACGGUGUCACUGGUAGUCAUCAUGUUUGAGCUGACCGGCGGUCUGGAGUACAUCGUUCCUCUCAUGGCAGCGACCAUGACCAGCAAAUGGGUGGCAGAUGCUUUCGGAAGAGAGGGAAUCUAUGAGGCUCACAUCCGGCUGAAUGGAUACCCGUUCCUGGAGCCUAAAGAGGAGUUUGAGCACAGCAGCCUGACUGUGGACGUGAUGAGGCCCAGAAGGUCGGACCCUGCGCUGGCUGUUCUCACACAGGAGGGCAUGACUGUAGAGGAGGUGGAGGCCUUGGUGGAAAGCACGCACUACAGUGGCUUCCCUGUGGUCGUCUCCCAGGAGUCCCAGAGGCUGGUGGGAUUCGUAUUCAGAAGAGACCUGCUCAUAUCAAUAGACAACGCCCGAAAGCGCCAGGAGGGUGUCGUCAGCGCUUCCCAGGUGGUCUUUACCGAGCACGCUCCGGCUCACGCCGCUGACGCUCCACCACCACUCCGCCUCAGAGGCAUCAUGGAUCUGAGCCCCUUCACGGUCACAGACCACACACCUAUGGACAUCACUGUGGAUAUUUUCAGGAAGCUGGGACUACGCCAGUGUCUGGUUACACAUAACGGGAGGCUGCUGGGAAUCAUCACUAAAAAAGACAUACUGAAACACAUGGCGCAGAUCGCCAACAGAGACCCCGACUCCAUCCUCUUCAACUGAACCCCUCCGUCCUUCCUCCUUAUUCUCCUUCCAUCUCGCCUCUGUAGACCAGGGGAGACGAAGACACCAGCUUGCACACUGAAUGAAAAGCACCUUUUUUUUUUUCCUACUCUUCUACAUUUAAAGUGUCUGUUCAGAGAAAGCCAAGUAAGUCGAGCUCCAUUUGCUCAGGCGACUAGAGAACAAUGGAUCUUUUUUCUUUUCGUUUUUUUUGUAAGAUGGAGGCGUUUUUGGCUUUCCGAAACAAUGACUCAUCCUCACUGCUGGCCUCAAUUUCAUGUUCAACCCAGACGGAUGUUGUACACUUGACAAAUAAGUCAAUAGAAUAGUUCACAUCUGCUCUUUUUUGUCUUUUUUUCCAUUCAGUCCUUCCUUUUCUUUCCCUUUUUUCCCUAAAGAAAAAAGUGAGAAAUGUGGAGAGCAAAAGUGCCAUCUUGCUUCUCUGCAACACCUCAGAGAAAAACAUUUAAAAGGAGGUGAGAACAGGUAAUCCCCUGCCGUAAAUACUCACAAGAAGAGAGGAGAAAUGAAGAGGUUUGGGGAGCUCCGUGCCUGCCCUGCGGCCGUCACAGCGAGCCCAGACAGAGCCCUCUGAGCUGGGCUGAUGGAUGCUCUGCUGCCUCCCCCACCUCCCACCUUCUCUUCCCUUCUUCUGUGAGGUGUCCUGUAGCCUCGGGGGCGAAGCACACGGAGUGUGAGAAGAGGAUCUGAUACACACUUACACUCCAUAAGGACUCCAUGACAGCCUGGGAACUCUCUAAAAAUGUCUUUUUGUUGUGAUCAUAUAGACUCUUAUGAUUUGUAAUACAGCGUUGGACUCCAGCCUGGAAACUAUGCGGCGUUGUCUUCCAUUCCGACUCUACGAUUGGCAUCAUGGCGGUUAUUAUUCAAAUACAAAAAAAAUCAAAAAUCAAACAAAGACAAUGCUGCAAAAGCCAUGUCAAGCCUUAUGGAAGGGUGCAGGUGUUUCUGUGCUGCUGUGGAAGGGCUAAA